AUUAUUUUUGACGAGGAAAAUAAUAGUUAUCUUGAAUUUGGAAAUAUUUCUAAAACAAAGUAAAGAUUUUUAAACAAUACAUAGUGUCAAAUUAUUGUUGAGUGUAAUUAAUGAAUUGAAAUAUAAUUUUUCAUUCUCUUAGGGGGGAGAGUGAUAGCUGAUCAACUAUACCUUGCUCAGAAAAUUGUAUAACUAUUGUUUCAUUAAUUCUACUUUUCUUACAAUAAAAUUUUUUUGUAAUUAAUCAAUAAAUUUUGACAAUCUGUACUAUUCUUAUUUUUCAAUUUUCUAGCGAAAAUUUCCGUAAGGGGGAAAGUGUAACGAGCGACUAUAUUCUCGCUCGAAUCAUUUCGAGGUAUCGAAUGAACGAUACGAUAUGAUUAAAGUUACGAUUUAAAUAACCUAAAAUAAGUGUCAUUAUAAAACAUUUUAUAAUACUCUUAACAUUUUCUCAUAAUAAAUAAAAUAGAGUUUUCACAUAAAGGAAAUAGCAUGACUAAUUCUAAAGUAUUUCUGUUGAACUUUUAAGUUUAUUUCAAUAUCGUAUUUCUUUUAGCAACAUAAAAGAUUAAAAGAGAAAUGUCGUAAAUCAGUACAAAUAAAUAAGAGAAAAUAUAUUCACAUAUUUCCUCUUAUUUCAAUUCUAAAAUGUAAUCCUAGAACGUCAUAAAAACCACUUGAAAAAAUGUGAUCCUUUCCAUAAAAAAAAGGGACACUAAACACAUGUUGACCAGACACGGACUUUUAUUACCUUCAAUAGAAAAGUCGCGUACGGGCUAAACAAUAAACGAAAGUCUACAACGGAAAUGCUUUGUAUUAGAAAGCAAUAAAUAAUUAAAUAAUUGUUUAUGCACAUGUUUUAGUAUAUUUACACAUUUGUAUGUAAGCGUUAUUAAUAUUGUUAAUUAAUUAAUAAUUGACUAUCAGAAUAUUAUAAUUUAAUAUUGUUAUAAUUAUAUUAUAAUAAUAUAAUUAUGGAUUAACCAUAUAAUGUUGUGAUGAUUAAUGUUUAUUAUAUUUUAAUAAAUAGUAUGUUGUAUGAUGGGAGAGAAUAAGUAUAAUCUCUCUUAUGUAUGUGUGAACGUAUAAGUAACACUUAAGAACUAUGUGAUAAGUGUUAGUGAAGUGAUACACGUAUAGGAGUAGCGAAUACGCUCCAUAGUGAAGCAUGCGCACAAACUCAAAAUGGACCAAAAGCGGAGAGCGACUCCGCUGGACCAAAAACUCUCUAAGUUAGUUCUAAUCUUGACUCUGACUUGAAAGGUUGUUUUCUAAACUCCUUAGUCAGCUUUGUAAAUAUUAUAUUAAUAAAUUUACAGGGUUUUACCUUCGAAGGAAGAACUAAUAAUUAUUCUUCCUUGAACGGGUUUCCCUUCCGUUGUAUCGGAAAUUAAUAAUCUUUUAUUUAAACCUUCCCGCUUCCUUCUUAAAGGAUUUAACUAAAGAGAAUCCGGCCAAUCAUAUUACAUUUUUAGAGUUGCGUAAUAAAAGGUAACUCGGCUCGUAACAUAAAUUGAAAUCAAACAUUUAAUUAAUUAAAAUUUUUAAUAGUUUACUGGGAUGACUACAGCAGUCAACAAAUUUUUUAAUUCGGCAAAUGGCAGCCAAGACAGUUUUAUUUUGUGUUCGGAAUUUUUACGCUAUCGAAUACGAGUUCUUAUAUUGAGAAAUAAUAAUUACCCACUAAUUGGAGACGUAACCACCUCUGAAUUAUGGGAGAUGGCGAGAGAAUCUUUUCCUGGGAAUGAGGAUGAUUUUCAUGCAGAAACAAAAAAAGCCCUUUCGGGAAAGGGAAAAGAUUAUAAAUUUUAUAUGGAGGAAACAAUGUUAAAAUGGGAAUUAGGUUUAUGGACAAGAGGUUCGAUAAAACUUUUUGCUGAAGCUGAUAUUAUUAAUUUUUCCGAUGUUAUUCUAACGACACUUGAAGGUUUUAUUAAAAAUCAAUUAAUAUCCUCAUCUGUUGAUGAAGAAAAUAAAAAAUUACUAGAUGAAAAUGAAAGUUUUAAAUGUCAAUUGGAGGAAAUGUUGAAAUUGAAGGAUUUAGAGAAACAUAUGCUUACAAAAUUUAUUUUAAUUUUAAAUGAAAAGAAAAAACAUAUUAGAGAAUUAGUUAGAGAAAUUGAAAUGUUAAAAGAAAAAUACGAACCAUCUCCUUAUCAGUUGUCUACUGAUGAGGAAAUGAGUGACGAUGAAAAUAAAAUGAAUGUAACUUGUAGUCCAAAGCCUUCAACUAGUAAUGUAUUUCACGAUAGCAGUUUGGUGAAAACUGAAAGUGAAACGUCUUUCGAAUUUACCCCUAGUGAGGAAAUGAAAAUUGAAGAAAAUAAAUUUAUUAACAGUCCAAAACCUUCGACAAGUAACGAAUUUAAUAAAUUAAAAAAGGAGUUAACUCCAAAUAAAAAUAUUGAAUUAGAGGAAAAUGAAACUUUAUCGAUUCCAAUUCGUCGAAGAGGUUCUAUAAUGGACGAUGAAUUUGAAGAUAUUGUGAAUAAUGUUGUAAACAGUGUUCCAGAAAAAAUUUCUUAUAGAUCAGCAAUAAAAUCACGUAAGUGUUUAUUUGAUGAAAGUGACGAAGAAAUUGAAUUGAAAUAUGAUUCACUUACUCAAUAAAUAAUAGAUGAAAAUAAAUUGUCAUAAAUUUUUCUCAUUAUAGAUUUUCAUAUUAACAAAAAAAAAGUAACAGCAAUAUAAUUUUAUUAUACAUUAUUCACAUCUUCAAAUUCAUUAUUUAUAAAAUAACUUCAACGACUUGGAAUCGAUAAUAGUUUCAUUUUCUCUCUUCAUUUCUUUCCGGGGACAUUUUGCAAAUUUUUCUUAAUUUAAAUAUUUUUGUUUGGACAAUUUUUUUAAUGCAUGAUUUUUUAUAAGCAUAUGUUUAUCUAAUUCUGCUUUUAAUUUCAUUCUUUAAACGAUUGAAAAUUUAUUUUUAAUUAGUAUUCGUAAUUUUCUAAUUUAUUGAUUUUUGAAAUAAAUUUGAAAUUUAAUUCACUGAUUUAUCAAAAAACUUUUACAAUUUUAAAUUGUUCAUUUCACGUUAUUACGUGAAUGAUACAAUUUAUUUUAUUUGAUUUUUUUUAUUAAUAUUUCAGACCAGCAUUAUCUGUCUGUUUUAAUUAUAUAAUUUCUCAAUGAUUUAAUAAUUUAUUAAUAGAGAACAAUUUUUCUUUUCAAUUAUUCUUGCAUUUUUAAGAAUAAUUGUAUUUAAAAAAAUUUCUUCUAAUUAAAUGACGAAUUUCCCUAUUGAAAUUCCAAAGAUUGAAAUAUAAUGCCAAUUAAAAUUGUUUUAUUCCAAAUUUUUUGUUCUGCUAGUCGUAUAAUGAAUAUUUUUUGUGAAUAUCUAUAGAAAUUUAUAUUGUAUAUGUAAAUAAUUAUUAUUAUUAAUUACACAUAGACUUUGUGUGAAAUUAAUAAUUUAUGAAAUUGAAGAAUGACUGAUAUUUUUAUAUUUGAAAUCAGUAUAUAUAAUCGAGAAAUUCUUUAUCUGUCGAUUAUUAAAUUUACAAAUAGAAUGGAAAAAAUUUAUUGAGGAUACUUAUAAGUAAUUUUAAAAAUGACUAUAUUUAUAAAUUAAAUAUAGCAAUUAAUGGAAAUUAUAAUAAUUAUUUUAUGCUUACUUUACUGAGUGCAAUAAUUUUAUAGUCUUCGAAAAUAUAAUUUAUAUAUAUUUUUUGUGUAGAAAAUAGUUUUUCGUUACGAUUUACGUAGUUGUAAAAUUUACCAUUAGAUUGAUUAGGAUUUUCAUCUAUUUCGUAAAUAUUUUUACGCUUUAUCAAACCAAAUUACUAUUAGGAAUAAUCGGAUUAGGUUUAAUUACACAGUUUUCUCUUCUUAUUAUUGAUUAAUAAUCUUAUUAUUUCUUUUUGGAAUGCGAUCGAUUUGUACUACUUUCGAAAAUGAAUAUGAUUUUAUUUUGUAACAUGCGUAAAAUUGUUAUUUAGAGGUAUUUUUAAAAAAUUAUAAUUUUUCAUUGUUUACAAAAAUAAAUUUUUAUUUUUGAUGAAUUCUUAUAGAUUCAUUUAUUUCCUUAAUCUCGAUUUUUAAUUUCAGAUAAAAAAAAACUUAGGAAUUGGUUUUUGAAUUUCCGGCGUAUUUGACUUGAAUUGUUAAAUUGUUUUUAAACAUAAUAAAAUAUAAAAACCGAUAAUAAUUUUUAAAAAAAAUUACUAAUUAGCCCAGUGUUAAUAAAAACAAGAAAAUUCGAUAAAACACCAAGAAAAAUUUUAUUCUAAAUGUUUUUUUUUUUUUUUUUUUUUGACAUGAUAUCUUUGUCUGUAAAAAAUAUAUGUAUAUUGGCUGAAAUAUAUAUUUUUUUGUUCUAAAUCUACACAUCGUAGACUAUGUUAAGAUUAUUAAAAUUAUAAAAUUGCCAUUCACUCAGAAAACUUACAAAUUGAGCUCCUACGAAGAGAUUGCGAACAUUCAACAUUCAACUUAAUUUAACAUAUAAAAGAAAAAGUGAUAAUUUCUUCAAAAAUCUAUUUGCAAAUUAUUUUUUAAAUUUUCAUUUAAAAAAUGCCAUAUUAGUAACUAUUAUUAUGUAAUAUGUUCUUCGUAGGAAUUCUCCACCGGUUAAAUGUAUUCUUUUAUCUUCUUAUUCUCUUUUUUUUCUCAGAAUAUUAUAAAACAAUACUUGAAAAAUUUCGCAGGUGUCACAAAAAAAGGACAUUUGUCAAUUAAACAAUACACAAAUUAUUUCCAAUCCUCGAUAAACAUUGAGAAUUUCAUUACUAUUUUUACUGUCUACAUUUAUUAUUAUUAUAAUUAUUAUUCAAUUAAUAAAGUUUAGUAACAAAAAAAACAAAAUGCAAAAAAAUGAAAGUAACAUAUAUAUAGUAUGUAUAUAAAAAAAUAGUGUUUCCAUAAUUUGGCAUUUGGAUUGACUGACACGCAAAUUUUUUCCACUGAUAAAAAAUAAUUCAGUCAAUUAUUAAUUUUAAUCGAGUAAUAAAACUUAUUAAUAAAUCUAAUAAACGUUUCUUAAAUAAAUUUUCCUUUUGUUUCAAAUUAUAAUAGUUUUAAAUUUGUUUUAGAAAAAUAAUAAAAUUGAACUGGAUAGUUAUUAUUAUUAUUUAUCAAUACAUUAAUUUUUUGAUUUAAGAAAUAUUUACUUAGAUUUAAAAUGUUUUUUUUAGCACUAAAUUAAAAUUCGACUGAGAAUUAUUGACAGAUUAGUUGAACAAUCAUAUACUGAAGAUUCAAAGAAAAAACAGCGUCUUAAAAAAAAAAUUCAUUUUCCUAUUUCAUAUAGCUAUUCGAUACUGUGUAGACGUAUUUCAGGUUCAUAGGUAGCUUUACAUAAG